AUUACUCUAUACGAGACUAUCGCCAUGGAGUUAGUGGAAGAUCCGACCAAUGGAUCCGUGACAUUCCUACAAAAUAGUUGGAAUAAUUUGCUGGACACGAUUGGCGAUGAUCCUGAAUUCCUCUAUGUAUGGGCUCUAACAACCUGGGUGAAUGGUUUCUUCUGGGUGUUUGGCGGUUUGUUUGUGCUAAUGGAUGUUUUCAACGGUCCUCGUUGGCUGCGCAAAUACAAAACACAACCUGGGACGAAUGAACCACUGGAAUGGGACGGUCUGCUAAGGGUUGCGAAGACGAUCCUGUUCAACCAGACGAUGGUUGGAAUUCCGCUUACCUACAUUGGAUUUCAUUCGGCCGGCAGAACGAAUCUACCGAACGUUCGAGUUUUGCCAACUGCCUUCGAAGUGCUUCGUGAUUUAUGUGUUUGUUUGUUCUUCGCCGAGAUUGGAUUCUACUACGUGCAUCGUUUCCUGCACCUACGACCAUUGUAUCGAUACGUCCACAAAAAGCACCACGAGUGGACAUCUCCGUUCGCAUGGACAGCUAUGUACUGUCACCCGGUUGAGCAUGUCAUCAGUAAUAUGCUUCCACCGAUCAUCGGCAUUCAUCUGAUGAAGAGUCAUCUGGCGACGGCUACGUUGUGGUUCACCCUGCUCAUUAUUAACACAAUACGAGAUCACUGCGGAUAUCAUUUGCCAUUCUUUCCGAGUCCGGAGUAUCAUGACUAUCAUCAUGCUAAAUUCACGGAAUGUUUUGGAACGUUUGGCUACCUCGAUCUGCUGCACGGCACCGAUAAGCAGUUCCGGAAGAGUAAACAGCACCUGCGCCAUAGGUUCCUUUGGACGACUCAAUCUGCGAGAGAGCUUGUUCCGGACAAGUGAAAUGGGAUCUCGAAGACAUCGUUCUAAAUGCAGUCAGAAGAGUAGCGCUGCAAGCGUCCGAGAACUGUCUAAAUCUUUUCGUGCAUGCAGCGCCAUCUGUUGUGUAUGAAUGAUGAUUGAAUGACAGUAACGGCAGUCUGUUUUUGGAACAUACCAUUCUAGACCAAUUAUUGAAUGCUUGUUCGCUUAUCGAUACGAACAGAUUUAAUCAAUUUCGAUUGAAAAGUAUA